AUGUAUUCUUGGGCGAUUGCUGUCCUCUGUUUUGUCAAUCUUCCCGUGAACAAAGCUGACUCAUGGCAAGAGCUCACCCCUACUGGUUCUGCACCUAGCGCUCGUGGAUCUGCGACUUCAAGCUCCACUGCAUUGGCAUCUGCCACGGACUACCCUGCCACCUGGGCUCUUGCAAAUCACGGCACGGUUCCAGCCGCUACCGUCUACGCCAUGACCAGUGCCUCCAAUGAUGCCCAACUUCCUGGCACCAUGAGUUCCGGCGAUGUCAACGGUGAUGGCGCUAACGACUUCGCCUAUGAGUUCCCUGCUGGCACUUUCAACGUGCACUUCGGAGGCAUCUCUGCAGACUUGGAUCUCGACAGCAUCACCUACGACGGCUCGAAUGGCUUCAGCAUCGUCACGGGCAACAGCGGCAACAUUUGGGGCACCAUCGCCGGCGACGUCAACCAGGACGGCUUCAACGACGUGUUGUUCUUCCACAAGGCCUCGGCUUCCGUCAAAAUCGUCUUCGGCAAGGCUAGCGGCUGGAGCCCUUCCUACACAGUUACAAGCAUGACGUGGGAUGGCACGGACGGCCGUGAGUUGACCUACUCAGCCGAUAGCAAGUUCGCAGAUAAUUCCUUCGGAGGUAGCACGCCGCAGAUCCUCAGCGGAUUUGACAUCAACAACGAUGGCAUUGACGACAUCGCCGUCGUUUCGGAAGGCAGCAGCAACAGCGGCCGAGUAAGCAUGUUCUUCGGCAAAAGCACAUGGUCCGCAUCGGUGGACGGCUCCACCGACUUUGAUGGCACCAGCACCGGCUUCUCGUUUAUGGAUGCUACAAAUGCCAGGUUGGGACGUGGCCUGAGUGUGGGAGACAUUAACGGAGAUGGCAUCGACGAUGUCGUGGCCUCCAGCAGAAGCGAUCAACCGUUCAGCGGGACUGGCUGUCUCUAUGUGUUCUAUGGAGGGGGUACGUACUCGGCCUCCAUUGCGGACAUUUAUGCUCAUGUCGAUGGGACCACUGGCUUCCGGCUGUGCGGUGCAGAAUCAAACACCUACAUCGCGGACUACUUCUUGGCCACGACAGACUUCAACGGCGACGGCAUCUCCGACCUGCUCUUUGCAGGGCGAGGCAACCAAGCGGGCAUGUACGUUCUCUUCGGCAAGGCAUCCUUCGCCGCGAGCCUGACUCUGCCGUUCGCAAGCGGCGAGGGAGUCUCCCUCACGGGCUUUUCGGGCCAGCCGGCGUUGUUGAAAAUAGCCAACCUGGGCAAGUUCAACAACGACCAGUACGAGGACAUCGCGUUUGGGGACGGCAGCAGCCUGUACGUCGUGUUCGGCAGUGCCAGUCCGGGUGACACCAUUGACGUCACGGCGCUGAGCGGCAGCGACGGCUUCAAGGUAACAGACAGUGGCGGCGGCAGCUUCAGUUUGCCGUUCUACAGCCCGAUCGACAUGACCGGAGACGGAUCGACGGAUGUCGCGCUGUUCAUCUCAACCUUGUUGAUGCCGUCCUUCGACACAAAGAAUUCUCCGUAUGCCAUUGUGGGCAACGGACCGGCAGGAGGCUCCAGCAACAAUGCGGCCACGUCGACAACCUCCAGCAGCUUCUCCACUUCAGCAACCACAAUCAGCUCGACAGAGACAUCAUCUUCCACACUUACACGAACAUCAAGCAGCUCCUCCACCUCAGGCAGCAUGACGUUCUCUUCCACAUCUUUACCUGCGACUUCUUCCUCUUCUACAUUGACACGGACGUCCAGCUCAACUGCUGCCUGGAGUUCAUCUUCAGGCAGUGCGAGCAGUGGCCCUAUGUCAAGCUCUAGCAGCACAUCCUCAAGUUCGUCGUCGAGUCCUGCGGCGUCGUUGACUUCGACAACAUCCGUCACCGGCCUAGCUGCAGUCGUCCAGGUGCUCGAGCAGGAGACCAUGAAAUUGCUAGACGAGCUGUCCAGCGUGCAAGCAACCACAAUCACUCCACUGGGGCCGAUGACAGCUGUCCGACUAUCUAAUGGCACAAGCAGUGAAUACGUCCCCGUGGAAAUCGAGGGUUCCUCGGCAGUUCUUUUGCCAGCAGAUGUGCUGGCCGAAGGCGAAGAUGGCGCAAGCUUGGUCUUGGUCGUUGCCAGCUUCACAAGCGAGGCCGGCCAAGCCCAGAUUGGAGGACGGGUCGAGCUCGGAGGUCAGCAGGCUGACAUGGUUGUGAACGCUGUGGACGUGUCCUUGCUCAAAGUUUUCCAGGAUGCAGCAGUACCGCUCAACGUGGAUGAUCUCCGGAAGCCCAUUUAUAUUCAGCUGUCCCAGGCAGAGCCUCAGCCUAACUGGUGGUGUGCCUUCCUGGAUGGAGAGAAUUGGUCCACUGAGGGCGUGCGCCUGGCGACGGUCGAAGAGCUGACGGCAACCUACGGAGACUUUGCGAACGUGUCGGGCUUGUGGUGUGCCACAACACAUCUAUCCAUCUUCGCUGCGUUUGUCGAUCUGCUGAUUGAUUGCACAAACCUCGAAGUCCUGUCGCGAGAGGGCCUGGAGCAAAUUUUUGUCCGACAAAGCUGGUGGAUGUACGCGCCUGCGCUGUCUUUCUGGCUUCUUCUGAUGAGUCUGCUGCUGCUAGUUUUUGUUGGUGCUCUGCAGGAUGCAAAGUGGCGGAGGUCAGGCUUCUGGCGAGACGACUACUUUGUGACCGAGUUGCCGCCUGUUGCGAAUGCGUCUUUGGUAUCACGAACGCUGGGUUGGGUCGGCCAAACCAGGCAGGAAGAAGAGCCCAGCGGGGCACUCUGGGAUCAGUUGAAGACUGUCCAGUCAAACCGCGCGCAGAAGCUACGAGAGAGGUUGCAAUGUCAGAGUACACUCCGGGCGGCGGCCCGACAACACGGCCUGCACAGCAGCUGUAUCCAAAAGCACAUCUGGGGUCCAAGUGGAUGGGUUGCAGGAAGCCUGGCGUUGCAGAAAUCUGGGUUGCUGAAGAAGAUGAAGUUGGACAUGGAGGUGACCCUGCCUGCGGCCUUCGUGGCCGUGCACGCCUCGUGCUGGUCGCUCUUGUGCUCCACCUGCAUAGCGGCACACCCAAUCCUAGAGCUCUUCCAGUGCGAUCUUCACAUCUCUACAGCCAAGAGGGCGAAGAUCAACAUGGACAGCUUCUUGGGUUCACUGGCCUUCGCAGCUUUGUUCUUUGCCGUGGAGGGACCAAUCGUGGCGAACCAAAACGUGUCGGACUGCCCCAUCCAGCAGGGCUCCCUUGCAUGGUACGUUUUCGCUGCAUCCAUCGCUGUGCUGCUGAACUCUCUGCCGUGCAGUUAUUUCCAUUACCUGGGCCAUAGGGACUUCGUGCUAGCAAGCUCUUACCGACGCUGCCAGCUGAAACUGCGAGCCUUCCGGGACUGUGUGUUCUGGAUCCUUGGCAUCAGCCUGUCUUGCCUCCACAUCCUUGUGAUCACCGCUUUUCUGGCCAACCUAAGCAGGGAGUAUGAGUGGAAGUGGAUUACUGCCUUCACUGUCGUGGUCAUUCGCAAGCUCAUCGUGGUGCCCCUGGUGGCCUGUGCAUUCAACUUAGGACCUGAAUUAGCGUGUGGUGCGGAGACAGGCUCAGCCGGCAAGCCCCCCAACAAGUUUGGCUUGGACAUGGACCUCCUCAAUGAUGCGCCCAACAACUUGUCAACAAGCUUUUCACCGGAUGACGAGAAAUUGCUGUGGAAGAUGAAAGUUGAAGAACUGGCAGGGCGGGGGAUCACCGUCCGGCAGCUGUUGGAUUUUUACUCGCGUCUUGGGGAGGAUGUAAUGCAUCACUUCGACCCAGAAGAGUCUACAACGCAUGAUGUGGUGCGCCAGGCCAUCAUACCUCUUUCCCGUCAAGUCCGUGAGUGUCGAUCCUUCGAAAUGAUCUUGCAUGGCCUUCAGGCUGACGCAUUUGACUUGGCAUCCGCUUCAUUUGAGGUGACGGUGCAAGGCCCCAUGCCAAAGCCUUGGAAAGUAGGUGGCGAGGGAGUGUUGGCGACUGAUCAAGCCGUCUUCCUUGCUGACAUCUUCCCAGAGGAAAGCCUGCACCUCGGUAUGCGGGACCUUCACUCGUUGCACACUUCCUUGCCAAGCGCUUCAUUCUGGUGCGGCUUCCGUGGAGAGGUGGAGAUGACGGAAGAAGGCUCCAAGCUGCAGGUCACGCUCAGCCUUUCCAUUCUUCCCCGCCAAGAUGCUGGCUCUGCCGCGAGUACCACUCGGGAGUCGGGAGAAGCCUUGCACGUUGAUAUGGCCGAGAAUCUCCAGGUUCGUUCUUCGCCUUGUAAAGAUGAAGAUGCCAUAAUCACAUCCAGUUUCCGUGAAGAGACUGUGGAGCACUUAAAGCCCUCUGCAGUUGGCGUUGAUGAAGAUGCCAUAAUCACAUCCAGUUUCCAUGAAGAGACUGCGGAGCGCGUGGAGCCAUCUGCAGUUGGAGUUGGUUUUUCCUAUGCUACGGUCGUGAACAACAAGAAGCCGCAGCUGGCAAUUCGGAUGGUGACGCACAACUGGGGAAACAACUUCGUCUUCUUGCUGAGCGCCAUCUUCUCUGAUGCCUUGGAAUUGGAGACAUAUGACGGAGUUGCGCUGCUUCUCAGCACUCGCCAGCUUGAGCAUCUUGCUCAGCAGUUGCAAGAAGCCGGCAAGCUCGACGUGCCCUACUGGGUUUGCGCAUUCUCAGUGAACCAGCACGCCGGGAUCUGUGCCACGCCACCGGCCACUGAUUCGUCGGGUGUAUCCAUUGCCCCCUGCCAUUGUCACACCGCCAAGCACUUCAAUGGGGACCUCAGCGAGAUGAACAAGUUCGAUGACAUGAUGGCCUAUUUAAAGAUGCGCCUUCGCAAGAGGUCCUUGCAAGAAGACAGUCCCGUACGAUUGCAGCAGGUUGUCGCAAUGGAUGCUCAAUUUUCGCUCCUGACGCGUGUCUGGUGUGUAGCAGAGCUCGUUGAAGCGGACUCGCUGAAGCUGACGCAAUCAGUUAAGCUUCAUUCCGCCGCUUCGCAACGUCGCUGCUUGGAAAAGAUCCUGAAGCUGAACGUACGUCAGUCCCAGGCAUCCUUCCCAGCUGACAAGGAGCUGGUUCUCAGCAAGAUUGCAGACAUUGAUGCUUUCAACCGUGGUUUGCAAAACCUCCUGCUGCACCGUUUGGAGGGCUUCCUUGGCCAGAGGUGGGCUCAAUGCGGGUUGCAGACGGUUCCAUUAGAGCUUUGA